AAUCACAAGAACAAGAAAGAACACCGACACCCCAAAUAGUGCACUAUAUAGUGAAUAGGGGACGAUUUUGGACACCUCUACAGUUUGAGCGCUCAGUUCGGAUGUUCAUCAUGAGAGAGCAGGUGGAUGUGAUUCACACUGGAGAACAGCAGAUGCUGCAGACACCAGUGAAGAUUGAAGUGAAGCAGGAGGAGAUAAAAGAAGAAAACGCAACAGAGGAUCAACAGAGUGAUCAAGAUGAUGAUGAUAAAACCAAAGCAGAGGAAGAACAGCAUGAUGAUGAUUUUAUUCCUUCAGGUGUCCUCUUUUUGGAAAACCAGAAUAGGGUCAGCCUAGAACCGCAGCUACAUUAUGUUCCUCCUGGACCACCAGUAAAAGGAAACAAGAAAAGAAAGACCAUGUUAGAAACUUCUAAAACGAAAAAACGUCUGGAUCAAGAGCGUGCUAAAAGCAGAAUAAACAUUGGCGUUGCUUUUCCACGCUGGAGGCAACUGCGGGACUCAAAGGGUCUGAAAAAUGACGCCAUGGUUGCUGUUUUUCUUUUGGACAGUUACGAAAACAAUUCAACAUCCACACCUUUGGUGCAUGGAUUCAUAAGGCCACCACCACCAACUGUUCUGACUAUUUCUUCAGUCUCUCCCAAAACAGAGCUGGAAAAGGUUUCCUGUCAAUCUUCAGUGUGUGUGACUGAUGGGACCUCCACAGAAUGUCAGGAUUCAGUGUGGAGCGGCAGAGAUCAGUCCACACCACAGCGGCUGCUGGACAAACUCUCUGAACAGAGAUCCAGAGACACACAGGACUCACAGCUCACUUUACUCUGUUCUACUGAUGCUCAGGAGAGUGUGUGUGACAGUAAUCAGGGUGAUCAAACCUCCACAGAGUCUCUGACUUCUGUCUGUAACACUGGAGAACAGCAGAUGCUGCAGACACCAGUGAAGAUUGAAGUGAAGCAGGAGGAGAUAAAAGAAGAAAACAUAGCAGAGGAACAACAGAGUGAUGAAGAUGAUGAUGAACAGCAGAUGCUGCAGACACCAGUGAAGAUUGAAGUGAAGCUGGAGGAGAUAAAAGAAGAGGAGCACAGUGAUGAAGAUGAUGAUGAACAGCAGAUGCUGCAGACACCAGUGAAGAUUGAAGUGAAGCUGGUGGAGAUAAAAGAAGAAAACACAGCAGAGGAACAACGGAGUGAUAAAGAUGAUGAUGAGACAUCAACAGAGGAUCAACAGAGUGAUGAAGAUGAUGAUGAACAGCAGAUGCUGCAGACACCAGUGAAGAUUGAAGUGAAGCAAGAGGAGAUAAAAGAAGAAAACACAGCAGAGGAACAACAGAGUGAUGAUGAUGAUGAUGAUGGUUUUGUUCCGUCAGAGCUGAUGAAAGUGAAAGAGGAAAGUCAAGAGCUGAAUGAAGUGGAGGAGAAACAUCAUGAUUUCACAACUGGAGAAACAUUUUUGAGUGGCUCAAAGACUGAAACUAAUUUCUCACUAAAAAAGCCUCAAAGAAGAGCAGCCAAAAAUACUUUCACCUGCUCUCAGUGUGGAAAAUGUUUCACAUAUAAAAGUGAACUUAAUGUACACAUAAGAGUUCAUACUGGAGAGAAGCCUUACACAUGCCAUCAGUGUGGAAAGAGUUUCACAUGUGCUGCUGGUCUCUCAUAUCAUCUCCGCUGUCACUCUGGAGAAAGACCAUUUGAAUGUGAUAAGUGUGAUAAAACAUUUGUUGGGAAAUCGUGCCUAAAACGACAUCUGAAAGUGCACACAAAUGAGAAGCCUUACAAGUGUUCUUCUUGUGGAAAGAGUUUUGCAUGCCUGCCUUAUUUGAAAGGGCACCAGAAAAUACACACCGGUUUGGGGACUCAUAAGUGCUUUGAAUGUGGGAAGACCUUUACUACAGCUAACAACUUGAAACAACACCAAAGAAUUCAUACUGGAGAAAAACCUUACAAGUGCUCACACUGUGAGAAGAGUUUCACUUGGUCAGAACACCUGAAAAAACAUGAGAGAAUCCAUACUGGAGAAAAACCUUACAGGUGCUCACACUGUGGAAAGAGUUUCACUCAGUUAGAAAAUCUGAAAACACACGAGAGAAUUCAUACUGGAGAGAAACCUUACCACUGUUCUUCUUGUGGGAGGAGUUUCAUAUAUUCAAGCCAUUUACAGAGACAUGUAAAAAAGAAUUGCUCCAGCAGACACAGAGAGCAAGAAUCAUCUUAAGGUCCAACAAUAUCAGGUAAAUAGUUUGAAAUUCAGAUAUAAUUUGAUUUACACAUUGCAGUCAAAUGCGGCAGUUGAAGUGAACGUUAACUCAGUGAUCUAUCCAAUCGUGCUCAUACUCCUAUUGUUUCCAUUAACUUAAAUCAUUGUUUCUUAAUGGAAUAGGUCACCCAAAAAAAUGAAAAUUAUCUUAUCAUUUACUCUCCCUCAUACCAUCCCAGAUGUAUAGGACUUUCUUUCUUCUGCUGAACACAAAUUAAGAUUUUUAGAAGAAUAUUUCAGCUCUGAAGGUCUAUACAAUACAAGUGAAUGGAGACCAAAACUUUGAAGCUUCAUAAAGCACAAAGUCAUCAUAAAAGUAAUCCAUGAGACUCCAGUGUUUUAAACAAUGUCUUAUGAAGCAAUCCAGUCGGUUUUGGGUGGUAACAGAUAAAAAUGUAACUCCUUCUUCACUAUAAACCUUGACAUCGGCCGUCUCUAGGCAUGAUCAUGAUUUCAAGCUUGAUUAUACUUCCUAGUGCUUGAAGCAUGCACAUUUACAUUUAUUCAUUUAGCAGAUGCUUUUAUCCAAAGCGACUUACAAAUAAGGAGUACAAUAGAUGUGAUUCAUCCUGAAAAUUGCUUAGAGAAGCACAAGUAGAGAGGAAGGAGAGAGAAAGUGUUGAACAGUAAUGAGGUUUUUAGGGGUUUUUUUAGCUGAAAAGAAAGAAGACAGUUUUCGCAUUAGUUGGAUUGGCUCAAGUGCUCGCAAAAGAGAUGCAUCUUUAGAUGUUUCUUCAAGGUGGCUAGAGAAUCAGCUGCUCGGGUGGGGUUUAGAAGGUCGUUCCACCAGCGAGGGAUGGAUGAUGUGAAGGUCCGGUUAGUUUAAAUGAUUUUGAUUUUGUGAGAUGCUGAGAUGGUACCAUGAGGCGCUGCUCACCCGCUGAUCUUAAGCUUCUGGAGGGCACAUAGACUUGUAGAUAGGGAGGUGCAGAAUGCACAGAGCACUAGGAAGUUUAAUCAAGCUUGAAAUCAUGACUGCUCUCCUGUGACCACUUGUGAUUGAAUUCAAGGGGAGGGUCUCUGAAUUUCAUGAGAAAUAACAUCUCUGUGGGAUAAGCUGAUGUGCUGUCAUGUGCUGCACAUGUGGCGAAACGUUUCAGUUUUAUGUAUGAGCCCAGAAUGUGUUAUGUGGACGAGUUUAAAUUUGUUCUUCAUCAGUGCUUAAAGUGAGCUGGUACACCGUAUUGGAGAUGAUGCGAAAAUUACACAGUACUGGCAGCUCUUAUAAGGUGCCAGUAUGGUGUCCUUUACCUGCGAAUCCCUCCCCUUCAUUUUAAAUACAAUAAGAUAAAUAAUACAAUUCUUUGUUCAACCUGGAUUAUUUCUACUGUAUAUCAACUUGUCUUUCCUGCUGUAUUUACAUUAUGCCUGAUGUCACAAUUAAAGCCUAUCCUUCAUAAUAUAAA